GGCGGUGUAAGUGGAGAGUUUAAAGCAUCAGCGUAUAAGGAGUCGCCACUGAGUGCGCUGCCAGUGCGCUGCUGUUCGACACUCAUACGUUUGGUGGUAGUAGAUGGAGAUGAUGAACUCCAGCAGCCCAAUUUGGUAAGUAUGUAGAUUAAAUUUGUGUGACACUAUUCGUUCUAUUUAAAUAACGGCGUAUAUAAUUUAAUAUCAUUAUAUUAUAUUAUAUUACUCUAUUGAUAAGCUGGCACUAUUUUACAAUACGUCAACCGGAUUCAAUUAGUGGAGGUUGUCGUUUUCCUCCAGUGAAUUACUCGAAUGUACUGCUAUCAAUUAUAAUAAGCGUACGCUUAUGGUCGGUUAUCAGUCAACCAUCACAUGCCAGCUUAUAUUCAACCAGAAAGUGCUAACACCCAGCAGACAUUUCCAUCAGAUUUACUCAAAGGUAAAGUGGCUUUCGUUACAGGUGGCAGCUCUGGCAUAUGUAAGCAGCAAACAUUAGCCUUAAUGCAACAUGGCGCAAAUGCUUUCAUUAUUGGAAGAAACCUCGAAAAAGCCCAGAAAGCAGCGAGUGAAAUGUCGAAUGAAACAGGAAAUACUUGUAUUGGAUAUUCCUGUGACGUACGCAAUCCACAAUCCGUUAGUCAAGCAGUAGAACAGGCUAUCAAAGAUUUCGGUAGACUUGAUGUCGUCAUUUGUGGCGCAGCAGGAAACUUCCUUGCCCCCAUUUCGGCUAUGUCGGCUAACGCUUUCAAGACCGUGAUUGACAUUGACUUGCUUGGUACUUAUAACACAAUAAAGGCAACCAUGCCACAUCUUAGGAAGUCAAGAGGUGUAUAUAUACAUAUCACAGCUACUCUUCACGAGAGGGCCACUCCACUUCAGGUUCACGUUUCAGCUGCAAAAGCUGGUGUCGAAGCAAUAAGCAAUGUUUUGGCUAUCGAGGAGGGUAUAAACGGUAUAAGAUCAAAUUGUAUAGCACCUGGUCCAAUUAGAGGCACAGAAGGGAUGAAAAAGUUGUCAUAUAAAGGUACCACCUCAGAAAAGAGCUCACCUUUGGGUAGAUGGGGUACCUUUACCGAUAUCAACAACUUAACGCUGUUCCUGGUUAGUGAUGCUGCUAACUUCCUAAAUGGUCAAGUAUUUAGGGUUGAUGGUGGUGAAAGACACGUACAACCAACUAAUGAUUACCCAAAUAAUCUCAUUGAAUUCCAAACUCUCAUCAAGAACGGCUUGAUUGAGAACAGGGAAGCUUCAAAGCAAAGACAAGCAAAGCUUUAAGUGUGAUGUAUUAUUAAUGAUUGUCAUGCAUUUCAAGUGUUUCAUAUAAA